GGCGUUUCCCCUCCACCCCCACCCAUUUCAUCCAGGGUAAAGUCAGUCACUGUUCGUUCGGAGUCUUCUCUUCCUGUUGGUGCCAGAGUCAAGGUUCUGUGUGUUCAAAGUGUUUUCUCAGCAUGCCUCCAGUGCUAUUGUAAAACCAAAGUACAAAAUACGUAUACUUAGGACUAAAGAGCUGAAACUAGUCUUUGCACUUCUCUACACACUUCAAGUCGUAACAACUUCAAGUCUUCUCUUAAUUUCCAGACAUGUUUACAGCGCUUAAUGCCAGACAAUCGAGAGAUCCACAAUUGGAAAGCCAGGCCUUGGACUGGAUCGAGGCCAACUUGGGCGAACCACUGGACAGGAAGAAGCCAUAUGAUGAUCUGCUGAAGGACGGAAUCAUUCUCUGCAAACUAAUGAACAAACUGAUGCCCGGAUGUAUCAAGAAGAUAGACACCAAGGGAGGAGGCUUUGCCCUGAUGCAAAACAUUGAACGUUUCCAGGCCGCUGCUAAACAAUGGGGUGUGCCCGCUAAUGAGGUCUUCCAAACAGUCGAUCUCUGGGAGAAAAAGAAUAUUCCUCAAGUCACUUUGUGCAUCCACGCUAUGGGCAGAGUGGCCCAAACGAGACCAGACUACAAAGGUCCAAUUCUAGGACCCAAAAUGGCAGAGAAGAAUGAGAGACAAUUCACAGAAGCCCAGCUUCUAGAAGCCAAAAAUACAGUCAGCCUUCAGUAUGGAACCAACACGGGAGCUAAUCAGUCUGGUAUUAAUAUGGGAAAACCGAGAUCGAUCAUGGAUUAAGGAACCUGAUAUUUUCUCUGAUAAAAACUUGCACCAAGACAACGAAAGAAUUUAUAUCGUAUUUAAGAGUGUUGUUUUAGAAAUUGAUAGUUUAGCUAUGGAUAUAUGAAGAGUUCAUUUGAGAUGUGAGAACAUGUCAUUAAUAAGUAGUUGAAAGAGUUUACCCAAACAUUUGUUUUCAAUUAUUUAAAAACUAGAUGAUUGAAAGUCACUACUGCUUUGCUUUCAAUGUAAUUAUAAAGCCUAUUUAUAAACCAAAUACCUCUGUCUAGAUUUGCAAUUCUAAAAAGUCAAUGGAAAUGAACAUCCAACUACAUCUCCACAGGACGACCUAACCCCACUGAUUGCUAAUCAUCUUAUAGUUUCCAUGAGUCCAACUCCAUCUGAUAAAAGUUUUCUUAGCAAAUGUAAUAGUACCAUCAUAACAGUAAAUAGAUAUGGAUGUAAUUAAAUUUUACCCACAUUGGUUUCAAAACAUUAAUAAUGUUUUUUUGAAUAUUCAAUAUAUUUAUUUAUACUGUAUGAUUACUUAUAUUUGUUUUUUGGUAGAUGUAGUUAGACUCUUUGUGUCAAUGUUUAUGUAGACUGUAUGUAUUCUACAAGUGAUCUACUCAACUAGUCAUCUUCUAUCCUACAUCUUGUACAUGUACACACUUUGGUUUUGUUGUUUUAUUUUGUACACCCUGAAAGCAACAAAGUUUUGAGCAUUUUAUUUCUGUUAAUUUAUUUGUUUCAUUUGGAAUGCAAUUCGGUUUUUCAUAAAAUUAUUUUCUCUCUUUCAUGAUGUUUGGCAUUUGAAAGUUUUCUUUUGUUGUCUUUUGUUACCACGUUCCAAUAAAAUUUACACAUUUUUUUAAA